CCUAAGGGCACAUUUCUUGCAGUCCACCGUCCUUGCUCGCCCGAGUAUCGAUCUCUAAUUACUUUCGCAUGGAUCCCGUCGCCGCGGUCGGUUUACUCGCAAGCAUUAUCCAACUGAUCGAUGCAACCGCCAAAGCCGUCAAAUAUCUGAACGACGUGAAAAAUGCUCCCAAAGAGCGGGCAAGGCUUGCGCGGGAAGCCACCAAUCUUUUGGCACUCCUGACAGACCUGAGGUAUAGAGUCGAAGAUGCAAAGUCAACAGAUCCAUGGUUUGCUGGAGUUCGUUCACUUGGAGUGAAAGGAGGACCGUUGGAGCAGUUUGACGAAGCAAUAACGGCGCUCACCAGGAAGUUGAACCCUGAGAAGGGUGUCAAGAAGGCCGGGAAGUCUCUGCUGUGGACACUCAACAAGAAGGAGAUCGAUAGGAUCUUCGAUGAAAUCGAGCGAUUGAAGACGCUGGUGAGCCUUUCGUUGCAAGGGGAUCAGUUUUCGCUGUCUCAAUCAAUAAAGAAGGAUACGGUCCAGGUCGUCAAGGGACUCCAAGACAAAAGAAGCCGUGACAUUGUUGCUUGGAUAUGCCCGUUGAACUUUGAUACCAAGCAGGAUGACUUCUUCAAGAGGCACCAGGAAGGGACCGGAGAGUGGUUGCUUCAAAGUCAUGCAUUUAAGGAUUGGAUGAAUGCAACUGGGAAAAUUCUGUGGUGUUCUGGACUCCCGGGUGCUGGCAAAACAAUCAUCACAUCGAUUGUUGUUGAUUUUCUUGAGCGGUCUUUCAUCCGUGAAGAUGUCGGUAUCGCCUACAUUUACUGCAGCUACAAAGAUCAGGACAACCAAACCGCAACCAACCUCAUUGCAAGCCUGUUGCAACAACUAGCGCGGAGAGCCUCUGUCAUUUCGGAAAAUAUCAAGUCACUCUAUGAGAAACACGCUCUGAACAAAGCACGGCCGUCACUUGACGUAUUUUCAAGCCAUCUCCAAUCAGAAGUUCGUCGAUUUUCGGAGGUUUUCAUCAUUAUUGAUGCACUAGAUGAAUGCACUGAAGACAAUGGAACUAGGAGAAGCUUCCUUGACGAGAUUCAGAAACUGCAACCUAACGUACAUCUGUUGAUUACUUCGCGGCACAGUGCCACUAUCCAACUCGGGUCAGAAAGUCUGACACAUAUUGAAAUUCACGCGAGCGAUCGAGAUAUUGCGAGGUACCUUGAGAAUCGGAUCGAAAACGCGCAUCGUUUGGUGCUACACGUCAGAAAAGACCCGUCACUCGAAAAUACCAUCGUCCGCACCAUUUCCGAAAAGGUAAAGGGAAUGUUUCUGUUGGCCCAACUCCACAUGGAUCGGCUGGCACAGACGUCUUGUUGUCGAGAUGUCCGCAGAGCUCUACACAGUUUGCCGAAGGCGUUGGACGAGGUCUAUGACGAAGCAAUGAAGAGGAUCGAGGGACAAGCUGAAGAUGAUGCUGCAUUGGCGAAAAGAACCCUCUCUCGGAUAACCUUUGCUCUCAAACCACUAACUGUCAGGGAGAUUCAGCACGCUCUCGCCACAGAACCUGGAGACACAGACAUCGACGAAUAUGCAGUACCAGACCAAGAAAUUCUGAUCUCAGUAUGCGCCGGGUUAGUCACUAUCGAUCAGGAAAGCCAAAUCAUUCGUUUGGCCCAUUACACUACUCAAGAAUAUUUCAACCGCACCCAUGCAACCUGGAUUCCACAUGCGCAGACUAGCAUCGCCACGACCUGUCUCACGUACUUGCUGUUCGAUAAAUCUGCCAAGGACAGCUAUAACACCGGAGAUGAGUUAGGCUCUCGAAUGUUCACGUAUCCUCUCCAUCGGUAUGCCGAGUUACAUUGGGGUGAUCACGCACGUGGGGAGCCGGAAGAUCGGGUCAAGGACCUGGUUCAGAUGUUGAUUCUGCGCAGGUCGAAUUCGAGACCCGCUAACAAUUCCUUGACAAUUUUUAAGCAUAGACCUGAGGUGGAUUUUGUUUUUAGAUCAGAACGGCAGAAACUUAUCACUGGAUUACAUGUGGUGUCAGGAUUUGGGCUGGCAACAAUACUCCGGCAUCUACUCAAACAAGGCUGCCAAGACAUUAAUUGCAGGACUUCGGAGGAGUUUACGCCGUUGUCAUUCGCUGCUCAAUAUGGGCAAGUUGCGACAGUGCGUGAGUUACUCGAGCAUGGAGCCGAUAUUAGCGCCAAGAACAGUCACUUUCAAACGGCACUUCAUCUAGCCGCAAGGACCGGGAGUGAGGCAGUGGUGAAGCUACUUCUUGAACAUGGGGUUGACCCUCGUUCUAGGAGCGGCUUGCGCGACACACCACUAGGGGCCGCCUCGUUGAGUAGGGCAGCACUGGUACGGCCAAUAUUUGAACAUGGUUGCGACCCUGACACUAAAGACUUCUCUGGGAGGACGCCUUUGUCUCAUGCUGCGGAACAGGGUCAUGAAGCAGUGGUGCGGCUCCUUCAUGAAUAUAGGGUCAAAUGUGAUUCCAAGGACGAUGACGGCAGGACGCCUCUGCUCUAUGCCGCCCGUCAAGGGAAUGAUGCUGUCAUACGACUGAUCCUUGAAUACGGCGCCGACCUCAAUUUCACGGACAAAUUUGGACAGACGCCCCUCCACAGUGCCGCCAAGUUCGGACAAGAGUCGGCUGUGCGACUGCUCCUUGAAUACGGCGCUGACCUCAAUCUCACAGACAAAUCUGGACAGACGCCCCUCCACAGUGUCGCCAAGUUCGGACCAGAGUCGGCUGUGCGACUGCUCCUUGAAUACGGCGCCGACCUCAAUCUCACGGACAAAUGGGGACAAACGCCCCUUCGCAGUGCCGUCGUGUUCGGACAAGAGUCGGCUGUGCGACUGAUACUUGCAUUUUCCAAGACCAACGUGGACCUAAGGAUAACGAGGGACUGA